AUGGAGAGGACCAUGAGGCUGUUCGAGAUGGAGACGCAUGGCGGCCAGGCGGUGUACAUGCUCCACGCCGUCACGGUGGCCGCGGGGAUCCUCCUGCUGUUGUACUACCGGGCGAUGCACUACAGCCGUCGGCGAGGGGAGCGCGGCGUGGCUGGGCAUGCUGGCAGCGGAGCUCUGUGCAGUUACUUUGUCAUCUGCAGAAGGUACGGAGAAAGCCUACCUUGUGUGGAUAUCUUUGUAUGCACCACACAUCCACUGUCAGAGCCACCAAGUCUUGUCAUCUCCACCGUCCUAUCGCUCAUGGCAUACAAUUACCCAGCCGAGAAACUUAGUGUGUACCUUUCUGAUGACGGAGGUUCAGUUCUCACUUUCUAUGCUCUGUGGGAGGCCUCCAUAUUUGCAAAGCAUUGGAUACCAUUCUGCAAGAGAUACAACAUUGAGCCAAGGUCACCAGUCGUUUACUUCUCAGAGUCAGAUGGGCAUCAAGAUUUGUGCACCCCAAAAGAAUGGUCACUUAUCAGGGAGAUGUAUAAAGAUAUGACCGAGCGAAUUGAUACAGCUAUUUUGUCAGGUAAAAUUUCGGAGGAAGUCAAAGCAAACCAUAAAGGAUUUCAUGAAUGGGACCAAGAAAAUACCUCAAAAAAUCACCAUCCAAUUGUUCAGGUAGCUUUCCUGCCCUCCAAAUUUGAGUAA